AUGACUCCUGAUACGGCUACUCUUCCUGUAACCCAAUGUGACCAGUGUAACGCACAAGAAAUUCUAGAAAAUAUUGAAAAUGGCCAAGAACCUAUUACCGAUCAUAUUGUAAUAACGACACAGGAAGGAUGUAAACAUCUCCUUGCAAAAUGCGAAAAGGUUGACAUGAUCUGUGAUUCUAUACAACUUUAUGCAAAAACUGCAAACGAUACGGUUGAUAUUGGAUACUACAGUUGGAUGCCGGGAGCAACUCUUAGUUGUACACAGGAUGGAAAAUGGGAGUCUGGCAUUGUAAAUGAUAUUGAAUCCGUUUAUUGUGAUUUUGUUGGAUGCAAAUGA